AGAAUGUCCCCUUCCAUUAGAACCUAUGGGAGCUGCAUCCCAUUGUGACGCGGGGGUUCUGUUAAAUUGUUACUGAGCAGGAGAAUGCCUGAACCCUGAGAGUUAGAGCCGGGAGGGGGAGACUCAUAUAGAGCUUUGUCUGAGAUUUCAUCACACUCUCUGGAUGACUGAGGAGGAUGAGUGCACGGGGGACAGGGAGGGAGACAAAGCGCCCUGUGGCCACCUGAGAGCGGGCAGACAAUGCUCCUGUGCUAGCAGCAGUCCCGGAGCUUGCCACGUGUGGGAUGCUUGCCUUGUGUAAGUUUGGGAAAGUGUGCUGCAGACACAGGAGGGGCAUUGUGUACUAGCAGUGGGGAGGUCCCAGACUAGUGCUGUCUGCUGAAGAUGAGGGGCUGCACACACUGAGAGCAGCUGCAGGAGACGCACGACUCCGAGAGCGCCGACAGACCACCUCUCCUCCGCCCGCCUGCAAUGACAGCUGUCGCCUACAUGGACUUCGUAGCUGCUCAGUGCCUGGUGUCCAUCUCCAACCGCGCUCACCACCCUGAGGGCCAGGAGGUGAAGGGAGCGCAGCCCCUGGAAGCCCAGCAAACACCUGCAGACCUGCGCAAGAUGACCGAGCAAGAGCAGAGCCUGCACCUGCGGACAAUGCCCGAGCAAGGGGUGACCAAGGAGCACCACGACGGCCCGGGGGACGCCUGGAAGGACUACUGCACCCUGCUGACUAUAGCCACCAGCUUGCUGGAGUUAAACAAGUACCGGCCGCUGCCCUCCCCCGUGUACAGCGACGAGGAGCUCAGCUCGGACAGUGACGUGACCACAGAGUCCGGCCACAGCUAUAGCAGCAGCAGCACUACUCCCAGCCAUACGGACUACAGCCCCGAGCCAGACUCUGCGCAGCCACGCCCACCCAGCCCGGACACGCCCAGCUCCCCGCCACGCCCCGCUGGGUCCUCCAGUGAGAAGAGGCACAGGUGUCCUUAUACUGGCUGUGGCAAAGUGUAUGGCAAAUCCUCCCACCUCAAAGCCCAUUACAGAGUGCACACAGGUGAACGUCCAUUUCCAUGCACCUGGCCCGACUGCCUUAAAAAGUUCUCCCGGUCAGACGAGCUGACGCGCCACUACCGAACACACACGGGUGAGAAGCAGUUUCGAUGUCCCCUGUGCGAAAAGAGGUUCAUGAGGAGUGACCACCUGACCAAGCACGCCCGCCGCCACACAGAUUUCCAUCCAAGCAUGAUUAAAAGGUCCAAGAGGUCCAACUCAACCUUUAUCUGAGUAUACAAUCUUAGAGUAACAAAGCUGUCAAGUGAGAAUCUCAGCUGCUGUACAUAUCAUCUUCUUGCAUCUUGUCAAAGGAAAUGUAGCAGUUUAACAUUCAUGCUUCUGCAGCGGUGUAUGUAAAGGAAAUUGCUGCCUGGUUUCUUUUGGUGGCAUCCAACCGUAGGUAUUUUUUUUUGUAGUGGUGUGAUCCGUACCAUCACGGUUUUGACUGUCCAAUCGUUUGUGCUUGCGCUGGCAUGCAUAUGUGUUUAUGAAUUAGAAACCACAAUGGAUUAGCUUUCCAUUUGUGAACGAAAUACAAGUAAUUGAGGACACUUGCAUACACAUAUAAGGGAAUCCUGUUUUUUCUUGGGACAUAUACAUUGUAUGAAGCAAGCUGGUGUAGAACAUGCUUGACCUUGGUUUCUUGUGGAAUUAUGUCUUACAAUGUCUUGAAAUCUGUGUUUUAUUAUUGAUGGAAUAUUAAUCUCCCUGUAAUAUGGAUAAAGGCAGUCACCUCUGUUGACUGGGACACUUUUGUAGGACCUGUGCCAUUUCCUAUACUUUGGAGCAUGGUGGAGGAAAGGAAACAAAAGGAAUCAACGUAAAGUGUAUUAAAGGCUGGAAACCAUAUAUGGUGGAUGCCCUGCCACCAUGACUCUCACCUGUUUGCAGGUUGGGGAACACAUGUUAAGGGGAGAUGCAAUACUCAGUAAUCAAUUGUAUAUUCAGUACACAAGACACACAUCCUUAAGUGGAAGGAGGUCCGGGGAUCAGGCAAACUUUGUCCUUUCGUCCAGUUUGGCUGCAUCUUCUGAGGAGUUACAUGCAGCUGUGUAAGAGACACUGAAUGAACAUAUAUGCCUUUACCCUGCAAGUUUGGACUGAUUACCCGAGGGUCAUUUUAGUAGAAUUGUAUAUUGCUAUGCACAUUUUGUUUUCAACAUAGCAAUGACAACCAGUUCUUGCAAAACCAGAAUGUUUGACUGGGCUGUUGACAGAUGAAUUGCCGUCUUCUCAGUGCUUAGGUUAUUGAGCACUGGGACAUGGGACUUGCAUAGAUCAAUGCCAGGCAGUCGCUCUAUCACUGCAUCCACUACAGUAUCGCACUUUCUGAUUGUGGGACGGCACUCUGCAUGCACAGACCGACGGAAAGUGUCACUCUCUGAAAUGCCUCACCAUUGUGUCAUUUAGGUUCUUGAUAUGAUUAUUCACGUUUACAUCAUUUAAUUUGGUAGCCAGAUUUGCCAAAUUGAAUGAAGACUUUUUGCACCUUAUGUUUCCAGUGAUAAUUUCACAUGACGCCUAUAUUUAUAGAUUUGUUCCAUACUGAGGAGGCUGACCAUUGGAGUGAUGGCCUCUUCAGUAGUGAGGGGGGUAACUAUGCAGAGUUUGGCCACACAGGCAGUUUACAAAUUUCAUGUCUUUGUACAUACAAGAUUAGGUCCAUUCCAUGUUCACAUUAGAUAGAAGCACUCCGAUCACUCCACAGGUUCCUGUUUAAUGAGUAGAAAGGACAGUUGGGAAAAUAGUCCAUGCUGUUAGCUAAGUGUCUAAUAGAGUGGCCCAUGUAUCUUAUUAAGGCCGCAUGCACACGACCAUGCUGUUUUUUGCGGUCCGCAAAUCGCGGAUCUGCAAAAACAGAAGCCGCCCGUGUGCCUUCCGCAAUUUGCGGAACGGAACAGGCGGCCCAUUGUAGAC